AUGAAAAUGCGAUCACCGUUGGCUCAGCGCAGAGAUAACGAUAUCCAGAACAAUAUCCCAGUCGAGGCCCAGGCCGGCGGUGCUUUGCUCCUGGCAUUUGAUAAAUGGAUGGACGGCCUCCGGAGAGUAGACGCAACUGCAAGAGUCAAGCGUGAGACUAAGAGCGACGGGCCAUUCGCUGCGGGCGAGUUAAUUAGCUUUAGUGGUUCAGGAGACCGUCCCAGUCCCUCAGGCCGAUGGAUCCCCAGACCUGUCAACACUCAACUUUCUUUCUCUGCCUCUUCUGUCGCUUUUGCGCUCUCUCCUUUUCUUGAAGGCGCACCCCUUUGCUCUCCUGGUCAGCCUCUUUCCUACACUAUAUCGCUCCUGAGUCCUGUAGUUCACCGACAACUACUCCGAGCUCGGCGCUGGCCUGAUUCCCGCUCUGGAAUAAUCAAGAGAUUUGUUCCCAUCGCAAAUCGUGUCGCAGGUCGCCAAUUCUUGCGAUUUUCACAGAUCUCUCUGUAG